AUGGAUGGCGCAAGGCUCCCUGAUGCCGAACUGGUACGGGAUGUCCAUGUCCCUGCACCUCGUCUGGCAGUCUGUUGCGCCCUAGCCACCCUUGGUGCAGCUCAUUUUGGCCCAUCGUCCGCCGCCACCAACAGGGCAAGGCAGAGCAGAAGAAAAGGUGGCCGGAGACCAACUAGAAGAUGCGUGCAGUUGGCCAUCGACACCUUCAACAACACCAGCGACAUGGCAGCAGCAGUAGGAUUCCAUGAAGUAAUAAGGCUGUACAUGAUUGAUGUGGACCGAAGAAAUUUGGAUCUGAAAAUAAGAAACGAAAUGGCUGGGCGUGGGAUGGAAUGA